AUGAGUGGAAUCUGUGGAGAUGCUAUAUAUGUGGCGUACGAUUUCCACCGUAUAGCGGGCGACAGCCUCCUUCGACAACAAAAAAUGGGACUCCGAUCGUUGAUCCUACUCCCGGCUGCAUUUAUCUUCCUUGGUGGCGUUUUCGGUAAGUCCGGUCACUUAAUCCUCUGCUUUGCAAUUCCCCUAUCUUGCAUCUUCAUCCCACAGUCCAUAGUUUAAUGUAAUGCAUCCCGUUCCAUGUUUGGCAUUGCAAAAACGCGCAUGAGGACGUCCUUUAUUGUUGCUGGAAUUUCGCUAACGAGAUUUGUGGACACAAUCUCCAAUCUCACCCCAGUUUCUAACUUGCAACUUCAUCUUUCCUGCUUUUAGCACGCACCGACGGAUCAUCGGAUUAUAAAUUAUGCAAAGGUGAACAUACAGAGUGUACGACUUUAAACUUCAAGCCUGGAGAUCAGACCAAAGGCCAGCACUGUCGCACGGCCUGUUCACAGAAAAUAGGUCUGUAUAUUUACCUCAUACAUGCCUUCUUCUGAAUUUCAAUGAAUUCUGAGUAUACUGCAUAUAUUUUUAGAUUCCUAAUCGACGCGGCCAUAUAGCUCACCAGUCAUCAAUCUCCUUCUUGUCCUUUAGGGGGCUUAAGCGAGAAAAUCACAGCCUACUACUGUGAAACUCCUGAAGAGCCCUGCACAUUGUACGACGUUUACGGACGACCAGGGUACGGCAGGAACUUCGAAAGGCAUGUGGUCUGUGUGCAGGCGUGUCAAUUUGUCGCGAAAGGUAAACCGCUAUAUUGUCCCUCCCCCUCACCCCCGAUAGCACUUGCGCGCUCGUCUGCUCAGCAUGUCAAACACCCGCAGUACUGACUAACACUCAUUUUAACAGCAUCAAAAUUAACAUCCGAGGCGCAUUUACAUGACAUUUAAGAAUUGUCUUCUCACUUUUCAGUGGAACAGAGCACCGAGACGUCCUUUAAACUAUGCAGGGGUGUCGAGGAGAGAUGCAGUGCAAUUGAGAAGAAGGUUGGUACAUUCGAUGGCUUCAGAAAGUGCAUUUUCAAGUGUGAUGGCUGGGUGAAUUGUAAGUUCUCAUCGGAUAUCUUUGGCAAUUGCAGCGCUUUGUGUCAUCUUCGUUCUUGUUCAGCUAGUAAGCUGCGUCUUUUGUCCUCUGAAGUGGAAAAUACUAAGGAGAACACAGCAUACCUCUGUCCUCUGAGCGGCGAUUGCCAGAAAGGCAAUUACUUCACGAAGAGGAAUGAAGCAGGCGCAUUUGCCAGCUUGAAGACCUGCUUCGAGACUUGCAUGUCAGGUGAGGUUCCACACGCAUUGCAUCUUGUCAUUGUAACCUAGUAAGUACUGGUUCGCGUACCAGUUCGCUUCCAUUGCGAUAUACGAUAGGGAAUUUGGACAGGCAUAUACAAUUUACAAGUCCAAGUCCUACAGAGAUAUCAUGCAAUAUCGGUAUUCGUGCCUUUGGCAGUUAUAAUUACUUACAAGGUAGAAGUGUGACGUAAGCCUGUAUUAAGAGCAAAUGAAUACAUCUAGGUCCUUAUCCUCUACUUGAGCCAACGCGUUUUAUGUAUGUCAGAAUUUAUGUCAUUAACUUGAUAGACAGUUCAACCGUCGUUUUCGACGAUGUCCAGCGUGUGCUGCACAGUAAAGUGGAGCAGGGACGGAGAUUUGCUCGUGAUUUAGUUCGUAGUGAAUGCGGACUUACGUAGCAUCUGUCGCACCCACUCCUAUUCCCCCGCCUGCACCCGGUGUCAAGACAGAGUCAUUAACUUAAAGAUGCAUUCAUAAGCCUGUAGCUCGCCAGUAGUUUCAAGGCCUCACAUGGCUGUUACUGAAUUCUGUGAAACAAUGCGAUUCCAUUCUAUAUCGUCAGCCUUUAAAGAUAAAUUAAUUGCUACGCGGACGGCAAAUCCACACACUUUAUGAGAAUUACGUAAUUGUUAAUAUAAACUGCUGUUUGUAUUUCAGAGUGA